CAGAGACCCAAGAGAGAGGCGCGAUAGUGACCUGUCUGUGACCCAGUAUCCCUGUACCAGUAGGUGCAAGGACAUACCUACAUAUAUGAUGGUUAUUUGACCGACACCAUCUAUCAAAGCUUUCGGGAGGUAGAUUGUGUUAUAGCUUGCUUCGAUGCCAAUUGAUCUCUGCAGUAAUCUGAUGGCGUGCUGGUAGUCGGAAAUAAUUCAAGCUAGGUACAUACCUGUAUCAGUACUCGAGACCUUCCAGACGUGUCCCUAGUCAAGUCCCUCCCUUUUCCCUAGAACAUGCGGUUGAGAAGCCGAUCGCAUUUCAUAACAAUACAUCAUGGCGAAACGCAAAUCUUACGGAGGUGACGGUAUCCACGCCGGAAAGAAACAAAAAACAAGCCACAUCCACGAAGCGCCCACCUCAGAGGAAGUAUAUACUGCGCGGCAACUCCGUCAUCUGCUCACUUUCGAACAAGACCUUCAAAAAGCCAGACAUGGCCUGCAAUCGUUCAAGAAUGUCCUCGACAGCAUCGUGAACAAUGACGAAAAGAAGUCAGAGCACAUGCAGAUCCUCCUCGAGUUCCUCGAGUCCUCGAAGCCCAGAGAAAUCGAAGAUGAAGUGCCCGUAUAUCUACCCGAUAUCAUGGAAACAUGGAGCAUGGCCUCUCAGAUGAACAAUGAAAAUGUCAUGUCUGCUGUGCCUGUGGUGUUGGCGCUGUUGCUCAAAGUAGUAUCUGCGAACUUGGACCAGGUGUCUUACGGACUCGGAGUCUGUCGCACUCUGCUUCAAAAGCGCCAACAAGAGUUGAUAGCCAGAAAUCUCUCUGCAGAUAAAGGAAAGGAUUUUGUCAUAUCGCCUACCUUGAGGCUUCUUAGGGAGGCAAUCUGUUUGGAUGGUGGUGCUCUAGCAGCUCCCAUAUUUAGGGCCAGAAUCAACACUUUUAGGUCUCUUGCCAGGAACCUGGGCCUCAAAUAUAUCGGCAGCGGGAAAGAAGACCCCAAGAGAGCCUCUGUGAGAACCAAUGCCACGCGAUUGCUCCUGAGCUGUUUGAAACUUUUACACAAUGAAGCGAAAAGGGACUUGUUGUUGCAGCGAGAUAUCGUAGCAGCGCUUAUGAGACACCUGCGAGACGAUCCGCCUUUCCUGAUUUCCGAGAUAUUGGAUGUGUUGAAAACUUCAGUGGUGCAAGACAAGAAAUUAGCCAAGGAGGUUAAGAUCAAAAUACUUAACGCUUAUUCGCUCACUCAAAUUGCGUCCUUGUACGGAUAUUCCAGGGAGCCUACAGAUUCCGAAGAUGGAACCGAGACCAGACAACUAUCAGUGGAAGACGCAGCUCACGAGAUUUUGUUGGCGACAUGUACGGACUCUGCAGUGGGGAUUUGUCGGUCGCAGCAAGGCUAUUAUCCUGAAGGCAUCGCCGCCGACGCCCUUGUACCCGACACCGAGGGCGCUGAUCGUCUAGAUUUUGGUCUUGAUAGUAUACCUUGGAUGAAUAAAUUCACCGACGACGUUCCAGUACGAAACAUGCUUUUGGGAGAAUUUAUCGAGUCGCUAAGACCGUGGUCCAACAUAAAACAGAGCGAACUACUCCUUGCCAUUUUUUCAGCUUCUCCGGAACUGAUUGCUCCCUAUUUCAUACAUAAGAAAACAUUCACCUUCGACCCUAAGUUAUCUGCCACUUGGAUAGGCUAUGCUUCGCUGUUAUAUAGUGUCGUCAAGAUGCCCAUACCACCCUUCUUUGGGCAGUCCAACGAUUACGCAGCGGUCCCACCACCGACAUCGGUUGUUCUUGAUAAUAUCAUUCCUCCACCUAUGACCUUGAAGGCCAUAAAUAGGUGUUUAACGAACAAGUCUAAACUAAUUUCUUUUUACGCGAUUCGAUUACUCAUCGUGGCUUUGGAAAAGUUAGACAGGGCACUGAUAAUGCACAGGGAGGCGUCAACAUCGCCAAACUCGAUUUGGCAGGAAGCUUCCCGUCGUCUAGUCGAUAACUUUUACCAAAGGAUACCAGACAUCAAAGAUAUAAUCAACUACUAUCGCACAUUAGCCGACGGGGAUUUCCUUCAGCGCGAGGCAGCGAGUCGGCUAAUCCUCCUGUAUUACGAGGUUAUACCGCAACUAGCCCUCAAAGCAAAGUUUGAUGUCUCUCCCAUACUUCUCGCUACAAUUCAAAAGGUCGAGGCAUCCAACGGCGCUGACGAAGAUGCGGCUAUCUCCUUGCUGGAGUUGGAACACCUGUGUGCAGUAGCUCAAUACUCUCCAAGCAUGCGAUGGUUUGGACGGGUCGCCGAGUUACCAACCUCGCCCUUUACCACACUCCUUCGCCUAUAUACCGAAAAGACCACUACAUUGUCUGGAGACACAUUGAGCCAAAUCCUUUCAUAUGUUGCUAACGAAUACCAAUUGGUAGAGAGUAAUUCGCAAUCGUCAGGCUUGAAUCCGCUUAUAGCAGCCUUGAGGAACGCAGGUAGCAUCGACUUGACUAUUUGGUCGUUUAUAGACAACUGUGCUGAGCGAUGCUCCAGAACGCCCACAAAAUAUCUAGAGAUGAUUGAGCAGCAUGUCGAAGGGGUAGAUGCUGUCGACCAAACGGACACAAGGACCUGUCCGUUACUCAUGUCAAUUGCAGAACAACUGCCUUUUCUGGUUUCGACCUCGCCUGCCAAAGAAACCCUCAAGCAGCUUGCGGCUUUUCUUCGAGAUUAUCUACGUCGUUCCCUCGAGUCUGGUGUUAGUCGGUUAUUUUUAAAGUCUAUCAGCCGUUUGUUAGUCACUGCUCUGAAUGACAAGAAACUUAGUUCCAAAAUCACCUUGCCCAAGCGGACUAGUAGUUUAGACGAGGAUACAGACAUGCUGGAAAGUGAGCCAGAGCCUAAGUUGCAGUCUCCAGCGGAGAAUAAGAAGGACUCGGUGAUACAACUAAGCCCACAAGAGCUCGAAGAUAAGCUCGCAGUGCCUAUGUUGAUGAGUAAAGAAAAUGAUCUCCUGAGGUGGUCCAGCAAGCCUCCCGAAGAGCUUGUCGAAGAAGGCCAUGGCGCAUCCUUGAUACUACUCCUUUCCUCUGAGCACGCGAGCAUACGCCAAGAGGCGCUUACCAAUGUGCUGAAAAUGGCAGCCAAGAUAAAGGAGUCAACGUAUGAGGAGAAUGAGCAGAUAUGGCUGCUCCUCAUGGAGCUUGCAGAGUCGGCCAAAGAUCUGAUUGCCGAGGCACCUCUGCCCAGCAUUCUAGUCGUAUUCGCGUGUAGGGCGCUGGAUAUCCUAAAGACACCACUGCAUUGUCUUUAUGAGAAAGUCAACUUGUUCCUCACAAGCGGGCCAGUAUGGCAGCCCAAGAAUAUACCGCUCCUGAAAGCCAUUCUCCAAGAAGGACCGACGUUGGACGGAUCCUACUACACGGAAAUUAGCUGGCUCCUUGGAUUUCUCGUGGACAGCUUGCGGACGCCGCAGGAUAUCGCGCUGUUCCAUCAGCGCAAAGUGUACGAGCGGCUGUUUGCUCUCGUAACUAAUCCAUACAUGGGCAUAAAUCUUCGUACGCAGGUCUUAAGAGUUCUAUAUCGUACGACUUGUAUAUCAGGGGGAAGCGAUACAGUCAUUACGAGAUUCGGUGCAGUGAGCUGGCUUGUAGCUCAGAAGGCGGCGACUGCAGAUGGUAUGGAGAAGAGGCUUUACCAAGCCAUGAUCAGGAGACUAUGGGAAACCUGCGACCAGAAGCGAAUCGCGAUAUGGAGCAGGGGCACGGUGGAGAAACUCGUCCAAGGUUAGGAUAGAUUAUACAUCAAUAGUGAGACAUUUGAACAACGGCCUAAAGUCCAACCGAUGGCCAUGAGAGGCGAAGCUUCAACAG